CAGCCAGCCCCGCCCCAGCACCUGGCAACCUGGUCAGAGACCAGGCAGAAAAUGGAAGCGCGGCCAGAAGAGGCUCCGGAGGAAUCCUUCGAACCUGAAAACACAGACAAGCCCCCCAUGGACAGCCACAGAGAUGGCCAGGAAGACAACCAGCAGGACCAGGGCGAAGGGGAGGUAGAGGACAGGGCUCAUGACAGAACACCUGCCCAGGCUAUCCAAAGAGUGUUACCACAGACCAACACAGAUGGCCAAGCUGAUGACACUCUGCAUGAAACAUCUGCUCAGGUCGACCUCAGCGCACCCAAAGAUGCUAUUGUUGCUAAUCAGAGAGCAUCUGAUCAGCUUGACCAAGGACAGUCUGAACAGAGCCAUGAAAAGGCAUUUGGCCAAGCUGGUUACAUGGAGUCUGAACAGAAUGACAGCCAGAUGUCUGCUCUGCUUGAAGAAAAUUCACCUGAACAGACUGAACGCAGAUCGGCAACCAUGGUGCAAAGAAGAGCUUCCAAACAGGGUGACGAAGCAGCUGAGCAAAGGGACCACCAGAUGUCCGACCAUUCUGAACAAAGAUUUUCUGACCAGUUUGACCACAGAUUGCCUGGUCUGGUUCAACAAAAAACUUCUAAACUGACUGACCAUAGAUUGCCUGACCAAGAUGACCAAACUGUAUCUGUGAAGAUUCACCACAAAGUACAUGAGCAAGAUGAGCAAGUGACCCUACUAGCUGAAGACCAGGCUGCAGAUCAAGCUGAAGGCAGUGCUGACCACCUCACAGAUGAUGAAGCUCAUGGCGCUGAAUCCAAGGAGCAUGACCACUUCAUGGACAAAGAGGAUGAUGACAUGGAAGACAUUGUGUCUGGCUAUAGAGCACAUGGUCAAUUUGACAACAGAUUUGCUACUCACUUUGGGGACACAGAGGAAGUCGAAGAGAUUGAGUCCUGCACAUUGGAAACUAGUCAGAUGAACCUCAAAAAUUCCAACAUUUCAGUUUCAACUGAAAGUGACACUCAGAGUACAACUGAUUUGAAAAAACUCGAGUCAUUUGAAAGCAGACUUGCUAGUGGUUUCCAAGUAAAAAAGCAUGCCUUUUCCAAACUAUUCCCCACCAUCUCAACCAAAUUUGACAAUAUCACCAGUCAAGAAAAAACUGAAGCUACAGAAACCAAGUCUGGUGAUAUUUCAGAACACCAGCAACUAAUGAGAUUUCAUGAGUACCCUCACACUACUGCAAGGCGAUUCCCUCCUAUAGUGUAUGAAGAUCCUUAUCAAGUUUCACUGCGAUAUAUGGAGAAACACAACAUUCUACAAAUAUUCCAGAAGAUCACCGAAAAUUUAGUCUAUGAAAAGCCAGAGGACCCCCUGGGGUUUAUGCUGUACCAGCUGUGGGACAGCCUGAAGAUGACUAAAGACGACUCCCCUGUUCGUUGCUUCCAGGGCCUGCUGAUUUUUGGAAAUGUGAUUAUUGGUAUGUGUGGCAUCGCCCUGACGGCCGAGUGCAUCUUCUUUGUAUCAGACCAGCACAGCCUGUACCCACUGCUGGAAGCCACCGACAAUGAUGACAUCUAUGGGGCAGCCUGGAUCGGCAUGUUUGUUGGCCUCUGCCUCUUCUGUCUCUCUGUUCUAGGCAUUGUGGGCAUCAUGAAGUCCAACAGGAAAAUUCUCCUAGUGUAUUUCAUUCUGAUGUUCAUCGUCUAUGCCUUUGAAGUGGCAUCUUGCAUCACAGCAGCAACACAACGGGACUUUUUCACACCCAACCUUUUCCUGAAGCAGAUGCUGGAAAGAUACCAAAACAACCAUCCUCUAAACAAUGAUGACCAAUGGAAAAACAAUGGAGUUACCAAAACCUGGGACAGGCUCAUGCUCCAGGACAAUUGCUGCGGUGUACAUGGUCCAUCAGACUGGCAGAAAUAUACAUCUGCCUUCCGCGCCAGGAAUAACGAUGCUGACUAUCCCUGGCCUCGCCAAUGUUGUGUAAUGAACAAUCUUAAACAACCUCUCAACCUGGAGGCCUGCAAACUGGGAGUGCAGGGUUAUUAUCACGAUCAGGGCUGCUAUGAACUGAUCUCCGGACCAAUGAACCGGCACGCCUGGGGGGUUGCCUGGUUUGGAUUUGCCAUUCUCUGCUGGACUUUUUGGGUUCUUCUGGGUGCCAUGUUCUACUGGAGCAGAAUUGAGUAUUAAGAGUACAGUGUCACCGCCCAAGCGCCUUCCCCCAGUGACUCAGGGGCUGGUGCUGGAAGUGCUCUCUCUUUUUAUUCCACAUCCGUGCCACCUGGAAACGUGUUCAUUCUUACACAAAUUGCCAAGUGAGGUGGUGUGGCAUUUCUUUCGACUCCUGGGCUCCCGGCAGUUUCACCACUCAUGUUUUCACUCUGGACCAGGACUCUGCAACACUUUCAUGACUGAAGAGACAGGGAGAGUUUAGAAAGUAGAAAAUAACAGUUCCCAUCUCUGCUUACAUUUAAUUUCGGGAUUUAAUGACAUUCAAAGGAACCUGUGUUAUUACAGAAAGUCAAGUCUGUAUUUGGAUAACAAAUGUGCCUUUCUUUCUUAAUACUUUCUAAAAGAAGCCUUCAAAGACGCAUGCAGCUUAACAGUGUCUGGGUAAGAGAACUAAGGAAAGGGUUGCUGAAAUACGUCUUUUGCCUUUUGUUCUAUGGUGGCUCCUACCUAAGGAGACGGGAUGGUGAUCUCUCAAUGCCACCUUGGGAUGCUUUUAUUCUGCAGAACAAUGCUCAUCUUGAGUUAACAAUGGAUGAAAUUUCCUCUCAGAUGCUGUAGUUUAGUAAUUCUCCCAUGUGUUUAGUAAUAUGUGUUUAGUAAUUUCCCAUGAAUUAAAAAAUAUGUGUUUUUGGGGGGAACAAGUAGGAGCCUGUUACAUAUUUACCAGUCUCAACUUGAAAUACCUUUUAAACAGGGGAGAAACCAGCCAGCCAGUAGGUGGAUCAUUUAUGGUGACUUUUUUCUACUGUCAAAAUAUUUCUUUUCUAAACUGUUUCUAUUUGUGGUCCUGAAAGAGAUUGUUAUAACUCAACAUUUGUUUAACUAGUAUUAUAAAU